GGUGAAUCACCCCAACAUUUUGCAGCUGAUCGACACAUUUGAAACCAAGAAGGAAUUCUACAUCAUUCAAGAGCUGGCCACAGGCGGAGACGUAUUUGAUUGGAUCUCGGCGCAGGGAUAUUACUCAGAGAGAGACGCCAGUAAUGUUCUCCGGCAGCUCCUAGAGGCCGUAUCCUACCUACACAGCCUGCGUAUUGUGCACCGGAACCUCAAGCUGGAGAAUUUGAUGUAUUAUAAUCAGAACAAUCACUCAAAGGUGGUUCUGCGGGAUUUUUACCUCUCGUGCUUCGAAAGUGGAGAAAUCACAGAACCUUGUGGGACCCCCGAAGUACGCUUGGCCCCGGAGGUGGUAUCCAGACACAGAUAUGGGCGCCCAGUCGACUGUUGGGCAGUUGGAGUUGUGAUGUUCAUCCUCCUCUCAGGAAACCCCCCUUUUUAUGACGAGAAUGAGGAAGAAAACAGUGAGAGUCACAAUAGGAAAAUCUUCCGGAAGAUUCUGGCCGGGGAGUACGAGUUCGAUUCCCCCUACUGGGACGUCAUCUCUGCCUCAGCAAAGGACCUUGUAUCGCGGCUGAUGGAGAUGGAUCAGGAGCAGCGAAUCACAGCACAGGAUGCCCUCGCCCACACCUGGAUUUCAGGGAAUGCGGCGUCAGAGCGGAACCUGAAGGAGGGGGUCUGUGCCCAGAUUGAGAAGAACUUUGCCAAAGCCAAAUGGAGAAAAGCCAUACGUGUGACCACCUUCAUGCAGAGACUGAGGGCCCCAGAAGGUGCCCGGCUGCCCGUCACCCCCCGCUCCUCCAUGAGUGUCUCCCACGAGGUGACGGUGGCACCCGCUUCCCCCUCCCGGCACCCCCCUCCCUGCACAGAGGAACCCGCCUGCGGUUCUGACCCGACUGAGAGUCUGAAGGCUCCGUGCCCCCUGCCCCCCUCAUAAACUGGAAACUGCCCCAGGGUCAGAGGGGUAGAACCGCACAAAGGACUCAGUACCGGAACCUCUGGCCCAGACCCAUUGGGGCCUACGUUACUUACCCCGGGGCAAAGGGUGGGGCAGGUAGGGCAUUCACACUCACCAAGGGCACCAAUUACCCCACAGAGAGGGGCAGGGGGGGUAACAAGGCAAUUGGUCAGGGAACUGCCUCACAUCCCAGAGAGUCCCCCCUCCCCCAACUGCCCCAUCUGGCCCCCUGGGGGGGUAACUAGGCCAUUGGUCAGGGAACUGCCUCACAUCCCAGAGAGUCCCCCCUCCCCCAACUGCCCCAUCUGGCCCCCCGGGGGGGGUAACUAAGCCAUUGGUCAGGGAAUGCCUCACAUCCGAGAGUCCCUCCCCCAACUGCCCCAUCUGGCACCCCGGGGGGGUAACUAGGCCAUUGGUCAGGGAACUGCCUCACAUCCCAGAGAGUCCCCCCUCUCCCAACUGCCCCAUCUGGCCCCCCGGGGGGUAACUAGGCCAUUGGUCAGGGAACUGCCUCACAUCCCAGAGAGUCCCCCCUCCCAACUGCCCCAUCUGGCCCCCCGGGGGGUAACUAGGCAUUGGUCAGGGAAACUGCCUCACAUCCCAGAGAGUCCCCCUCCCACUGCCCCCAUCUGGCACCCCGGGGGGGUAACUAGGCAUUGUCAGGGAACUGCCUCACAUCCCAGAGAGUCCCCCCUCCCAACUGCCCAUCUGGCCCCGGGGGGUAACUAGGCAUUGGUCAGGGAACUGCCUCACUCCCAGAGAGUCCCCCCUCCCAACUGCCCCAUCUGGCCCGGGGGGUAACUAGGCCAUUGGUCAGGGAACUGCCUCACAUCCCAGAGAGUCUCCCCUCCCCCAACUGCCCCCCGGGGGGGUAACUAGGCCAUUGGUCAGGGAACUGCCUCACAUCCCAGAGAGUCUCCCCUCCCCCAACUGCCCCAUCUGCCCCCCGGGGGGGGUAACUAGGCCAUUGGUCAGGGAACUGCCUCACAUCCCAGAGAGUCUCCCCUCCCCCAACUGCCCCAUCUGGCCCCCGGGGGGGUAACUAGGCCAUUGGUCAGGGAACUGCCUCACAUCCCGAGAGUCCCAGCUGCCCCAUCUGCCCCCGGGGGAGGGGCAUGGCAUCCUGCAGACCCUUAUGGGAGUGGCUCCGGGUGGGGGGCCCAUAUCUGCCACAGGCUGGACCCCACAGCAGAGACGGGCUGAACCCAAAUAAAGGCAAACUAACCCAA